AUGGUUCAAAUAUAUGAAUACUGGACCGCAAAGAAGGUGGACAAUAAAGUUCCGGUAGAUGCAAGUAAACUCAAGAGUCGCAGCGUAGUUGUUACCGGAGGAAGUAGUGGUCUCGGGGCUGGGUAUGUCCAGGGUUUUCUGGACGCGGGUGCAUAUGUCACAAAUUUGGAUCUGAAGCCAAACCAAGCCCACGAGGGAAAUCCGAAUUACCAAUAUUGCCAUGCUGACAUGACCAAUUGGGAUCAACAGCUCCAAGGCUUCAAGGCUGCCUUCGCCAACUCUCCAAGCAAAUCUAUCGACAUUGUCGUAGCCAAUGCUGGAAUUGCUAUCCAUGAUGAUCUGUUUCAACUCGAUGAUGCUGAAGAACCAACUAAGCCAGAGCUUAAGAUAAUCCAGGUGAAUACCAUUGGUGUAGCAUACACGGUGAAGCUCGCACGCCACUACUUUAACAAGGGUGACCAAUCUCGCGACAAGGUCUUGAUCCUCAAGGCCAGUCUCGCAGGCUACCUAGACCUUCCUGGAGCGACACAGUACAAUGCAUCGAAGUAUAGCGUGCGGGGUAUGCUUUGUAACUUACGAAAGUCGGAUCUCGCCCGCUGUAAUUUGCUGGCACCAUGGGCUAUUCCGACGCCAAUUAUUCCAGAUGAAGUUAAACCAAUCAUGGAAGCCAACAUGAAGAGUCGGGGAUCUGACUGGGCGCACCUUGAGGAUGCCGUCAAGGCGUGCCUUCGCUUGGCUGCUGACGAUAGCAUAAACGGCCGUGCUUUAGGUAUCGUUCCACGUUAUGUGGACAAAGAAGGCUACAUCGACGUUGCGCUUGACGAUCUGGAUCGAGAUGAUCUGAAGUGGAUGUAUCUUAAAGGUUAG